AGGUACAGCAGUGUGUUCCCCAGCCUCAACAUGGCCGUGAAACGAAGGGAGCAGGCUCUACAGGACUACAAGAGGUUACAGUCCAAGGUAGAGAAGUAUGAAGAGAAGGAGAAGACGGGUCCCACCAUGGUCAAACUACACCAGGUACACUGCUCUUUCUAUGUAACGGAACAGUGCUAACAGCUUCUGCUGGCACGUGUUGCCACUUUAACUCUCACUCCAUAUCUCCGUUGGGCAGCAGAAGUCCUAGCAUGGUGUCAGUGGUUUCAAUACAAUCAAGAAGUGAACAAGGUACAAAUGUUGACUGGAUAUGAACAAAAAUAGUUGAGUGCAUGUAUACUGUACAUGUGCUCUCUGUUCACCCACGCAAGCUACCAGGCUCUCAAGUAUUGCCUUUUGAAAAGACACUGCUGCACAUAUACAGGCACGUAAUUGAGUAUUGUAGACACACUCACCGAGACCUCUUCGGCAGCACACACAUAUUCACAGAUAUCAAUGCAGCACUGCCUGGGCUCACACCCUCACAUGGCUGCCCACCCACACACAAUGAGAAAAGCAUUGUCAGGGGCACAAAGCCUAAAGAGGCCCCCUAUCUCCCUGGCCUUUGAAUCUCACAGCUCUUAGAGAAAUGAUCUUGACAAAACACUACCACACCAGUUAAACAGACUCACUAAGGACGGACACACAGAGUAGAUACUUAAGAUAAACAUUAGUGCUCACAGGUAAUGCUGUUAUACCUUCCUCCCUCCCCACUAACAUACACACACAUCAUGCACUCUAAAUCAUGCAUAUUCACUGAGAUAUAAUUUUUUUUAUGCCCACCAAUAGACUACCUGCUAAUACAUCACACAUAAUCCUGAUCAGUGGUGGUGUGGUCUGCACACAGCCAACUCUUCCCACAUAACCCACUCCUCCUCACUUGUGGUCGUGAUUAGUCUUUUUAUUUUUUCUCUGCGUCAGAACACAUUUUCAUUCCUCCUAUUGUUUUUCAUUGUUAUUGACAGAUGACAUUUCUGAGAACGUAGCUGGAAUAUUAUUGUUGAGACUCCAUAGUUAUGAUGAGGUGUGUAUGUUGAAGUGUCAACCUGUCGUCUGUUUGCCCCCGUCCAGGCCAGGGAGGAGCUGAGACCAGUCAGGGAGGACUUUGAAGCCAAAAACAAGCAGCUGUUGGACGAGAUGCCCAAGUUCUACCACAGCCGCAUCGACUACUUUCAGCCCAGCUUUGAGGCACUCAUCCGGGCACAGGUGAGCUAUAGUGUAUCUGGCUGGGUGCACACUCAUGACAUACCCAGUUUAACUCCUGUGAGCCAUCUUUGUAAUGCAUACAUACAUGCACAGUUAUGAAUUAUUAGGCCUAGGUAUGUAUGAGCAUACAGUUGAUACACAAAACCUGUUAACUGUCCAAUCCCAGUUCAAAAAGUGUCCAAUGGGUUUUAUUUGUCAUUAUAGUAGAUUGUUGAUUUGGGUGUAGUGUUGCGCCCAGCAGUCUGUUGACCAACAGCAUGGAGUGGUAGUGGAGUGGAGAGAGUGUGUGUAAUCCUCCCUGUCUCCCUCCACCCAGUCUUAAUGUGAUUAACCCCCAGCGACGGCCCCACUCCUCCCUGAUUAGCCCAGGAAGCCCAGGUCUGUCCGUCUAUCUGUCUGUCUGGCUCCAGCCCCUCUAACCUGCGAGCCCGCCUCGCUUUAUCCAGCCCAGCAGCUGAGCCGAGCACCCCCACACCGUUAACCCCACCCCAGCCAUGUCAUUUCCCCUUUGGGAUAGAAACUGGCACACGCCUAAUCAGAUUGAGUAGUGGCCACGUCACUAGGCCAGGCUGGCGCCCCACCCCCAAACACACUGACAGACCGACAGCUGCCUAUCAGACUCAGCCGACAUUGUGUCAUUGAUACUACCAGGCAAGCCCAGAGGGGGUUCAAAGGAAGUUGAUAUUUGCGUCCUUUGAUCUAUCCAUAGUUCUGUCUUCCGUGACAGAGUUCUUUACUUUCCCCCUGUAUUUCUAUGACAUUAGAACAGGUGGGAAGGCUUGUAUGUGAUGACUGUUACUGGAAGACUGGAAGUGAAUGGAGCCCUCCUGGGCUGGCUGAGUAAAGACAAACUUGUGUAACAGCAUCGGAGCCUAAUCUUCACAGCUCAGGAGAUGGUGUCACUGGAGGUAGUCUGUAUGAACUUGGCAGCUGCCAUUAGGUCUCUGGUAAUCUUGUUAGCUGAUCAGGAUUAUCUCCUCCAUAGUAGCUCUGUAAUGUAACACUGGACAUCACUGAGCCAUUAUCUCUCCCUAGAAUGAUGAUUAUAGAAACAUGGAUCCAAUGCCCUAUAAGAUUAGGAUUUAAUAGAGACAGGUUGUGGAUAAAAAUGAUUGGGUAAAGAUUUUGGGCCUUCCCACUGUUAGUGUCCCUUUUCCAGUGCUCUGUCCUCUAUGGACACUGGAGCAUGUCUGUACUCAGUCAUCUGCAAAUAAUGACUUGAAACAGUAAUGAGGGCCCUCUGAAGGCAAAGCGCUGAUGACUCAAAUUCGCUCAGAGAGCGCAUCUCUAACCCCAGCACACUGUGAAUGGAGGCGGGGGGGGAUGCAGUUGGGUCAGAGGGACAGACUCCAGCGCCGGGCUGGUCUACACACCCACUCCUCCAACACAGCCGCUCCUGGGUGGUCAGUCAGCACUGCAGCCCAUGCGCAGUCUGGACUCCCUCUCCCCCGGACCUGCUGCAUGCCUCCCAGGGUGCCCUCACAAUGCCUCCCUUUGUUCUGAGGCUCUAGCACCACUAGCAGGAGUUCCAUGAAAUGGCUAUGAAUGGGACGCAAUGCUCUGCUGUGAUCGGAUGUGCCUGUCCACCUGUACGGAUGCUGGAUAAUUGAGACAUUGUCUGAGUUUGGAUUCCCUGUGGUUGUUCUUGGUUAGGGUGUUCUGUACUGCUUGUACAAGCUGAAAGAAAUGAUAUGUUCUUUUGACACGCUACUGUCAUAAUGAUUUAGUUAUUUUGCACUUCUCCUGAGGCAAUCGAUAGAUUAGAUUGAUAGAUGGGAUCAUAUUGGAUGCCAAAGUUCUGCAACUUUUUCUCCCACGUGCUGUAUGUUUUUGAAAUAUUGUUAGUGAAAUAAACAGUCAUAGUUGAGGUCAGAUGAGUUGGUGUAGCUCUGUCUAAAAAAAUAUUUAGUCAUCAGGGCCAGGGUGACGAGGGUGUGUAUUUGGACAUUUGUAAAAUAAAAUAAAAAUAAGAAAAUAAAUAGACAUCACAUAGUUCAUAUAAAUAAGUCUGAAUUUGGCCAUUGGCUUCUUUUCAUAGGUGGUCCAUGGAGUUUAUGGCACAUGAUUACUGGGAUAAUUGUAGAGACUGGAUGACAUGAAGGAUGUUCACCCCAGACCGGACACCGUGAUCUGGUGUACAUUAUAACUGACAUGUAUCCCAUAGCUUUUUCACCAAGCCACUUUUCAAAUGAAAAAUAUCCGCUUUGUCCCCACAUACACCGGUAACCCAAUACUCAUGGCCCACUCAUGUGGUCUAAGUGACAGAGUUCGGUAUAAACACACACAGGCUUUUCAAACUGGGUUCCUCUUCCGGUUAGUCACUGGGUAUACCAACUGGCUUCUGUUAAUAUAACUGGGCUGCAGCUGGCACACGUCAUGUGGAUUAGACAUUUGGAUAGUUAAUCACUGUUCAAAUGUAAUUAGUUGAAAAUGGCUACAUGAUCAUUUCUCUACCAGCAUGCCUCCUGUGACAAAGCUCUUAUAGUAGCAUGUGGCUACGUCUUCUCCCUACCCAAGAGAGAGAGAUCUUCAUUUUCCUAUCUGAAAUGGCCUGUCUAUAUUCUUCAACGCCCUUGAUCUGCCAGCAGCUAUUAUUUUAUUCCAGCCUCUAUAUAGAACAGAACACACGUGUGCAUUUGCAAAUAAGUCAGAAAUGCCCCCUUAAGUGCACUGUAGCGUAUGCAUCGCUGCAUGAAUAAAUAUUGAAAUGUGUGUGGGUUUCAAGGGGUUGUAUUUCCCAGUACUUUCAUUCUCUGCCCACUCUUUUGGAGUCUUGUAAUGUGAUUAAAGUCUAUUAAUCAUCAAAGCAUCUCUCCUGGGAUCCUGACUCAUGAACUGGGGGAAGAAACAGGGGUGGAAUGUGUCAAGAAAGCUUUCAGCGAACACUCUCUGUAUCAUGUUCAGAUUGGAAGAGAAAAGGCAGGGUCACUACCCACUGAAGUGCUGGGGUUUGGGCUUUGUUUUAGUUGUUUGAUUUCUACGGGCUCGCUCCUUUACUUCUGAAUGGCUUCUCAUUAGUGGAGGUGAAGGGCUAUAGGACCAUGAGCCUCUGCAUGUUGUAAGUAAACUGUGGUUAGAUUGGGGGGGGUGGACUGGGCAGGGUUCUGAUUUGAACUUCAACUGCUCUCUUUCUGUAAGAUCCUCAUCCUCUUAAAGUCUUCCACCUCAGUAAAUUAACCAUUCAUCUCUUUCCUUCUCUCUUUCAGGUGGUGUACUUCACGGAGAUGCACAUAAUCUUCAGUGAGUUGACAGAUCAGAUCGACCAGGCAGGGCUGACUGAUGAGCAGAGGGAGAGGGAGAAUGAAGCCAAGCUGAGUGAGCUGCGUGCUCUGUCUAUUGUCGCUGAUGACUGAGCGCGGGAGAGAACACCAAGGAGGGGAAGGGCUCGCUCUAUACCUCUGGCCUUGACUCCUUUCAAACCUCAGUGAAUGGAUUGCUCUUCAGGAUCCUUCUCACUGUGCAAAUGGACAGCUUUGGUCAUAUCCUAAUCAUCAAUUUCUUUCUUGCACUCAUCUUCCCACCUCUCUCUCUCUCACAUCUGACCCUUUUCUCACGUCUAAAGAAACACUGAUAGCAAUUCAAAGCAUUUUAACUGCCACAUUUACCAAGCCAUCAGCCAAGUGCUAUUAUCAUAAGCCAAUAUGUAUAUAUAUUUUUUAAAUCAUGGAAUGAAACUGUUCUAAGAACUCAUUUGUGGGUCACACCAUAGAAUUACAUAUAGAACUAGUAGAUUUAUAGGAUAUCCGUGGGUCACACUUUCUUCUCAAAGCUGCAUACUCGGUUUUGAUCGUUUGAGUUUUGUAAUCAUUUCCAAAUCAAGGUACGUACCAAAAUGUAAUUUAUUGUACCAUAUUGGUAGUACUGUCUUGAACACUAAUAUUGAAAUGUUAGCAGACUAGAGGAUGAAGUGUAGGUCAGAAAGCUACAUUCAGUUGAAUCUCUGUAUUUCUCCCUCCCUCAGGGGUUAUGCACACUGAUCUAGCCUGUGCAUUGUGGACUGGGAGCUUAUUUGUUGGGGUAAAAAUUAUAUUGAAAGUUACCUGUAGUAUUUAACACUAGCCACUCCAGUUUCCUGGCUAUGGAUAUAAUACGUCAAACUCUUUAAUCUUCAGACCUCUGAUGGUGGCUGUAUAAAGGAGUGUCAAAAUGUUUUUGUCUGUUCCCUAAUCGUCCCCUGCUUCUGAAAAGGACAAUCUGACAUAGUCUUAGACUGAGAUAGUCCUUAUACCCUUAUCUUGUUCUUCAUGUAGGUUUUACAAGUCAAGCUAGAGUGCUUGCCUUUCAAAAGCAACGCUCUUGUUCCCUCUAGUGACACUUACUGUUCAUUGUUCUCAUAGCUUUCCUUCAUUUGACCAUAUCUUUGUUGUUCUUUGUUCCAUUGUUUGUGCUCAGUUUUAUUUGUGCAAACAGUUUAAUUAUUGAUUUAAACUCUCCAGUAAAUGUUCCUACUACAUACCAGAUCAAAUAAAACCAGGAGAGGACCAUGUCUAUCAGUUAUUGCCUAAGAUGAGAUCAUGGCAUAUGAUUGAAGUACAUCACUUAACUAUUAUACCCACCUUUGUUGGAUAUUUAUUAAUGGCAAAUGCUUCUGCUUGAGGAUGACAUUUUUCCUUAGUCAAUGAUUGUCAAUUUGUCAUGUUUUGAGGGAAUUCUCUCUUGACAUGUGUGCCUUUUCUUUGUGGACAGCUAUGCACAAAAUGCAUACUUGACUAAAUGUGUAUUUUUUUUAUUAUUUGGUUACCUUUUCCAAAACAUAGUUCUAGUUUAAUUAACAUUGUUAUUGAGUGAGAAACUUGACUUGUAAUCUGUUUCUUUAAUGUUAGUGGGUUUUAUUAAGCAGUUUUGUUGUUGCUCUGUUACCAUCUGUUUAGACAUUGUGUUCAGUAAAGCUUUUUCCAUUGUCAUUUUCUAUGAACAACCAUGCAAUAAAUAGAUGUAAGAAGUGUC